AUGGCGGACGGGGGACUGCGAAAGGUUCAGCGCGGGUCCGCGGCGGCGUCGUGGAGCAAUCGCGUCGUGGACGCGGCGGACGAGGCGAAAUCAAAGGUGGAGGACGCGGUGGAGGGGAGUCUGUCGACGAUCGGACGAUACGUGACGUUUGGAUCGGCGCCGGAGAUCAUUCUGCGGAUACGUAAACGGUUUCGAUUGAACGUGCCGUUGUUGCCGGACGUGCUCGUGACGGCGGGGACGGAUGUGCCGAUUCAGCGAGAGGAGGGACGCCUCGGCGGGGCGCUCGCGACGUAUCGCCCGAAUCUGCAGUGGCGCGUGAGCGACUCGUGGUUCAACGGCGAUAUUAACCUGGACACGGCGAAUCACACGGUGUUCUACGAGAAGACGUUCGAUUUAGAUCCUUUGCAGCUUCGGGUGAGCGCGAAUUUUGAUUACAAGGAUCACGAACCGUACGUCGGGUUUCAGUUUCUGACGACGUCCGGAAUCACGUCGCCGGCGAUGACGAAUGGGUUCUCCGUCCGCAAGGAAAUCGAAAUCACGGAGACGAACGCGGUUCGUUUGAGCACCGAUGUCGAGGCGAGCUUGAUCCUCGGCGGGGCGACGCUCGGGGGGAAGAGCAAGAGUCACAAAACGCUCACGUCGCAUCCGAUGACGCUCGACUUUAGCCGCGUCAAGUUGGACUUGCUGCUCAAGUGA